GGAGGGAGGGGAAGAGGAGACGCUGUUCCGUUCCUUCUCUUGAUCCUGCAGUCAAUCGAGCAGACAGCAAGGGCGCAGCUUGAAGUCAGCUACCUUCACAGGGGCAGCGACAUCUGAAGAUGUGGGUAUUGAAGGGUUCUGCGUCGUAUCUCUUCGGUAUCAGCAAGGGUGGGUCCUCGAGGUCGAUGAAAGGUUUGAAGGCUGCGAGCAGGGACAAGUACGAGUGCAUAUCGGAAGACGACAGGGGAAGGCGCGAUUCAGGAAACCAGCAUGACUUCCUCCCUCCAUCUGAGGAGAGUGGCAUCCAUCUGCCGGAGCGGGAGAGUCCUCCUCGAGGAAGGCCUCCUCAAGGGCUGACCUCCCUGGCUCUAGAUCGCAAUGAGACCCACAGCUCCCAAGAAGUUGUGGCGAUCAGAAGCCAUGGCAACCAAGUGGAAGGCAGCGAGCGCGUUCCUCUGUCGCCAUGCCGGUCUUCGAGAGUGAACGGGUCUAGGAUGGUCAGGUCGCCUGUACGUGGCAAGCACCAUGGUAUCAACGAGAAUUCAGGCACAAGAUCCCUCCCGGUCAUGUGAUCUGAUCUACUGAGAUCUGCAAGUCUUUACGACAAACGUUGUGUAUUAACAUGAAAUGUUUGAUUUAGAUUCUUUCUAGGAUUCUGAGUUGCAAUUAGGUUGAAUUAAUAAAACAAGAAGCUUG